GGCUCAUUCCCCCGCAUUACCGCCCACGCAAAAGACUCAACUUGUCCCUCUUCUAUGCCUUCUCUCAAACUUUGUACUUUUUGCAAUGCCACCAAUCGCUAUGUGUGAAGACUCUAGGAUUACGAUGGCUGCUAGCCUUGCAUCACCUCAGCGACAGAGGAACUCAAGUUCCCCAACCAUUGUUCCACGACUAGCGUCAACCGAUCAGGUGGGUCAGCAGCUUGUCGCUUAUGGUGACAACCUGUUGCCAGUCUUCGGUUGCCCUUACUUGUAUUUCUGCGUAUGUUCUGGAGAAUAGUCCCGCGCACAUCAACUUAUUAUUCGAAGCGAACUGAUCUAUGGUGUAGUGCCAAUGUGAUGAUGGCCCGAAGCAUGAAACCCAGCCACGAUGUGCGGUGUGUGAUCAUGAUAUAUGUUCAGAUU